GCUAACCAUCGCUUGGACAUUCCCGAUGAUUGACAGCCGCUUAAACCAAUUGCUGUGCAGGAAAUCUUUACUCCUAUAGUACCCGUAGAUUUUAUUUUUGGAAACCAUAAAAACGCUUCUGACGAAGAGGGACAACCUAGCGGCGGUAAAGCUAAUAAAACUCCAAUUAUGUCUCUGGCGUUAAAUAGACUGUUAAGUGUAGGUUAGUCGCACGCCACCGUGCAAAAACAUGAUUAUUCAUUUAUUUACACGUCGUGACCGUAGCGACACGAAUUAUUGUAUUUCAUUGGCGGUUGUGUUCAUUUAAAUGGCGUUGGAGUGAACAUUGGGCCACAUUUGUUGCCGUGGAAGCGAACAUUGGAUACCCAGAUUCCCCCUCCUCCGCGGAAGCCCCGCUGAGCUCGCCGGGAAAACCCUCCGAGCCGCGGCGGCAUCUCUAUGGCUCCACAGCGGACUUUCACCACCACUACUAUGCCGGCCCACGAAGCGUGUUGUGUUGAAUGUGUCUUCCAGAACACCGUGGCUACUCAACCCACAACCAUGUGAGUCCCACGCAGUUUCAACAUGAAAGUAGCGUCUUUGGGUUGAAGAGGAGAACUUUAGCAAUCUGGUGAUAAGAAGCACACACAUCUCUCCUUCCUCUCGCCCAACAACAUGGCCAACAUUGGGGACAUGGAAGCUGGAGCUCUGUCCGACUUGGAAGUCAUCUCUCAGCAGGUAGAUGAUGAGAACCAGUGCUUGGCUCCUCCGGUCCAGCUAGUGAGUUUGGGCUAUCGAGAUCUUCCCCUCGCAGCAUUGGACCUCUCACUGGCCGGCUCGCAGCUCCUGUCCAACGCAGAUGAGGAUGAAACCAGAGAAGGGUCCAACUGGCUGAAGCCGUGCUGUGGCCGCCGAGUGGCCUUGUGGCAGGUCUGUCUGCUUAGUGCCGGCUUCAACUGUGUCCUGGUAGCCUGCGUCAUCCUGGUGGUACUCUUCCUUUCGCUGGAGCUGCUCAUUGACACUAAGCUCCUUCAAUUUGCCAAUGCUUUCCAGUUUGCCAGCAUUAUCCAUUGGAUCAGUCUUAUCAUCCUGUCACUUUUCUUUUCAGAGACUGUCUUCAGAAUUGUCGUGCUUGGGAUCUGGGACUACAUUGAGAACAAAGUAGAGGUGUUUGAUGGCGCCGUCAUCGUCUUGUCCCUGGCCCCCAUGGUGGCCUCCACGGUGGCCAAUGGGCCUAGCAGCCCCUGGGAUGCCAUCAGCCUCAUCAUCACCCUGCGCAUCUGGAGGGUGAAGAGGAUCAUCGAUGCUUAUGUGCUCCAAGUGAAAGUGGAGAUGGAGCUGGAGAUCCAACACUGUGAAAAGACUAAGGCUGUCAGAGAAGAGCAGCUGGAGCGUCUCACACAGAUCUGCCAGGAACAAGCUUUUGAGAUCAGGCAGCUGAGGGCCCACCUGGCCCAGCAGGACCUGGAUCUGGCGGCAGAGCGGGAAGCAGCCAUGCAGAUCCACCGUGUGUGGGCCAAGCAGGGCAGAAGUUUUCAGGUGAUGGAGGGCUUGACUCCUGGGGAGUCUGAUGACGAAGGCGCUCCAAGAAACCCCAGGGAGCUGCACAACACUGCAGAUCCAGUUGUACGUGACGACAUGAACAACUACAUCAGCCAGUACUACAGUGAAGGAAGCUCUGAUGCCAGGACUUCUGGCCUAGGUAAUCGGGUCGUCACCACAGCUGCCAUCGACGUCCACCUCCCCUCCAAUCCCAUCCAGUCCAACUCCAAGCUCGCUAUGGAGCGCCUGGGUAGCGGCGUUAGCGAACCCCCCACCAACAUGUCCCGGUCCAGCGGAUGCCUGACCACCCGCCCCAACACCCUGAAAACCCACAUCCUGCGCUCUUCUGCGACGGACUCCAGCAGCAGCACAGCUCAGGACUUGAACCUGAAAUACACUUCUCACCGCUGCUGCCCGCCUUCGCUCCAGGAUCAGGGCCAGAACAUGGUGGUGCAAGACUUUCUCUCAUUUUCUGAGGACUCCUGCCUUGCACAGAAGGGCCUGACAGUCGACCCGGUCAACCUUAAGCUCCCUAGUCCCACGGGCUCCGAGAAGACCAGCCUGGAACUGGACCACAGAAUAAACAUGUUCAAUCGCAGGAACCAAGAGGAGAGGCAAGGCCGAGGAGGACGAGGUUGCGUUCUGCUACAGACAAAGCCUCUUAUUCACCUACAGGACGGCGCCACAGAGCCCUCACUGGAGGAGAAGUACUGUCUCUUGGGGCCCGCUGACACAACUCUGGGGCAUCUGUCUGACACAUAACAGAUUUAUGCAACAGAGUAUUUUCUUCUUGUACUGCCAACAUCUACAGGAUAACCUCAAGAGAGCAAGUUUAAGAUUUUCAACAAACGCCACAAAGUUGAACCUUUUCCAUAGACAUGAAGAUGACAGCACAAAUACAACAAAACUCAAUCAGACUAGACCGCAACUGGGAUGGGCACAAUUAUUGUUGAAACCAGCAGUCCUUAACCUUAUUGACCUUGUGGCCCAACUUUUUCAAAAACAUACUAACACUGAAUUAAUAAUCUUACUCUUGAUUUAAAUCGUACUCAAUAAUUAAAUCUAAUUUACUUACAGUUUAACAGGAUAAACCUAAAAUAAUAUAAAACUUAAUCACAAAGAUUAUUAUCAAGGCUCAGGUCAGGCUGAUUACAAAAAUGUUAAUACUGCUGAUAAAAACUGAUGAAAAAUAUAUUUAUAUACAAUUACUAAUGCUAAAAUAAAUUAUUCUAACUAAAUAAUAUAUAUGUUUUUUUAAUAAACUGUCAAUAAAAUUAAAUUGUAAAUGAAAUAUAGCUUCAACACUUGGGUCAUAAUUUUUGCGCUUAAGAAAUUACUAUGACUUUAGCUCCAGACUUCUUUGUUAUUGUUGUUAUCCUCAAUACUGGCACAAGUGGUGGAAAAGUGUGUUACAAUUUAAAUAUUGCUGUGGUCCAUACGGGCAAUAGCUGAGAAACAGUAGUUUAAAUGAUUAUUUGAUAAUUAAAACUGCUGUAGAUUGAGUCAAAAUUGGGUGCACCACCUAAAUGCAACCAGCAGAGGCGCUGUUUUUUCAUUAUCAAUAACGUUGCUGUCUAAAGAAGAUACAGCUACUUAGGAAGCUGUGGCACAGUUCCUCCUUUGUUCUCCUAAACACAGGCAUGGAAACAGGAGUUCAGAACUUCACAGAGAGAAUUUCCCAUUGCAUUAGAUUUAUCUUAAACGUGUGAUCCCACCGUAUUAAUCAAUGUUGCCCGUCGUCGGUCAAGGAGAUAUUAUGAGAUGCCCAUCUCUAGUGGACUUUAAGGUGUUUUCAAACACAUCAGGAACCCUCUUUUAAAAGACUAUGAACUUUAUACAAAUCAAAACCAGCAAAGAGGCCGUUAAAGCCUUCAUUGAACAUCUCUUUUCCAAACAAAGAUGCUGUUACAUAAACUUUUCAUUUUUAAUGUUGUUUUCUUAUCUUGUCAUAUAUCUAACCAAGCUCCUUUUUUUCUUCAAAGAGACACAGGGUACAUGGCUGGAUGAAUAAUACUCUCACAUUUACUCCCACUGGAUUCAUUUUGGAACUGUUAAGAUUGAUCCUAUAGACUUUUUGUUGUUAUCGUUUAAUUAAAAGUGAUUUGGCUACGUUUGCGUAGAAACAAAAGGUAAGUGGUCGGGUUUUUUUAAACUAGUGAGAAAUUGUUUACUAAAACUGGAGUGUUUGUAGCAUGAUCCUUUAAAAUGAUGAGCAAGUUAUUUGCACUUUAAUGUUUACACGGCCACUUUUGUAGACUUGAUAUACGAGGGGUGGGGGGGUCAUUGCAAGUGCAGGUGUUGCCAUUUCAUGAAAAGUAAUAUUAAUAAAAAAAAAACGUAUUUCCUUACUUUUUUCUGUUCAAUGAUUGAUUGUAAUUGUUUUGCAUCGAGGUGAGCAUGGUCAUUGUUUGGCACUGCUUUGAUGGAUUUUUUCUUCAUUCAAUUUUGCUCAAAUUUAACAAGUUUUUGUCACUCCCCUAAUGGUGUGUACCAAAUGGUGCGCUAUAAGGCCUGAGAGUUGCAAUGGAUGUCCUGUGGAUUGAUCCAUCCAUUUUCUACCGCUUGUCCCUUUCAGAGUUGCUGGGGGUCGCUGGAGCCUAUCUCUGUGUGGGAAAUUUCAAGUUAACCCGAUGUACGGCUUUUAUUACAGCGCCAACACGUGGAGUAUUUGUCAGAUAAAUAUUGCACAGAAGGGGUGCAUGUUUUCAUAAAGU